GCAGACACCUCCCUCCGACUCGCGUCCCGCGUCUCCGCCGCUGCUCUCCGCGGACAUUUAAGCCUCUGCUGACGGCUCCUGGCUGUGUUUAUGCUCCCGCUGCUGAGGGCUGUUGGAUCGAGGACGUUGUCCAUGGCGUCCAUGGCGUCCGAGACGUACGCGUCGGGGACGCACUCCGCCGCCUUCGUCACCUGUCCCAACGCCAGCGUGGCCAAAGAGCUGGCCAGGGCGAUCGUGGAGAGGAAGCUCGCCGCCUGCGUCAACAUCAUCCCGGCCAUCACGUCCGUCUAUGAGUGGCAGGGGAAGAUCGCAGAGGACAGUGAAGUUCUGCUGAUGAUUAAAACCAGAAGCUCAAAGGUUCCCGCUCUGGCCGAAUAUGUCCGCUCCCACCACCCCUACGAGGUGGCCGAGGUCAUCAGCCUGCCCAUCGAGCAGGGCAACCCGCCCUACCUCAAGUGGAUCGGGGAAGUCGUCCCCGAGUAGCGACUUGAAGGCACGGAACAAUCUGGGAGCUUCUCACUCACCGAGACAGAAAUAUGUGCCUCGUGUGAAUAAGUGACUUUUGUUUCUGAAGAUUUAAAACUGAUGGGUGUUGUUAGGUUGUGAAUGUUCUUCCCCUCUAGAGGGCGGCAGAAUAAACCUCUUCACAAUAAA